CGAAGCUGGUCGCUGCUGGUUUCUGUGCUGGUGUCGUUGCUAGUCAGAGAGUAGAAAGUAAGAUGGCGACUGCUGAUGUUGAAAGGGCUAGGGUUGAGGCUGGUAUUCGCAACUUGAAGUUGUCAGGCCAUGUUGGUUUUGACAGUCUACCAGAUCAGCUGGUAAAUAAAUCGGUGCAGAAUGGAUUUGUCUUCAACAUACUAUGCAUUGGUGAAACAGGACUUGGGAAGUCUACUUUGAUGGACUCACUAUUUAAUACCAGCUUUGAGUCCACUCCUAGCCCUCAUAAUCUUCCUACUGUAAAGUUGAAAGCUCAUACAUACGAACUGCAGGAAAGCAAUGUGAGGUUGAAGUUGACUAUAUGUGACACUGUUGGCUAUGGUGAUCAGAUAAAUAAGGAAGACAGUUUCAAGGCUGUAGUAGAUUACAUUGAUGCACAGUUUGAAGCAUAUCUUCAGGAAGAAUUAAAGAUCAAGCGAUCCCUUUCAGCUUAUCAUGACAGUCGAACUCAUGUGUGUCUGUACUUCAUUUGUCCCACUGGACAUGGUCUGAAGUCUAUUGACUUGGUUUGUAUGAAGAAACUAGAUACAAAAGUAAAUAUCAUCCCAAUUAUUGCCAAGGCUGAUACUAUAUCCAAAACAGAAUUGCAGAAAUUCAAGUCUAAAAUUAACUCUGAGCUUGCCAGCAAUGGUGUGCACAUCUAUCAGUUUCCGACAGAUGAUGAUUCAGUAGCAGAAGUGAAUGCCUCAAUGAAUGCACAUGUUCCAUUUGCUGUUGUGGGAAGUACAGACUUUGUGCGUGUGGGAAAUAAAAUGAUGAGAUCCCGACAGUACCCUUGGGGAACAGUGCAAGUUGAGAAUGAGUCCCAUUGUGACUUUGUGAAGCUGCGUGAAAUGUUGAUCAGAACAAACAUGGAAGACAUGCGAGAGAAGACACACAUGCGACAUUAUGAACUCUAUCGCAAGAAGCGCUUGGAACAGAUGGGGUUCAGUGAUGUGGAUGCCGAGAACAAGCCAGUGAGUUUCCAGCAAACAUUUGAGGCAAAGCGAAGCAACCAUUUACAGGAACUUCAGCAGAAGGAGGAUGAAAUGAGACAAAUGUUUGUGGUUCGUGUCAAGGAGAAGGAGGCGGAGCUAAAAGAAGCAGAGAAAGAGCUUCAUGCAAAAUUUGAUAAACUGAAGAAGGACCAUACUGAGGAGAAGAAGAAGUUAGAAGAAUCUCGCAAGAAACUAGAAGACGAGAUCGUGGAAUUUAACCGUAGAAAGCAGCAGCUGCAGCAGCAGCAGAUGACUAGCAGUCAUCACACACUGACUCUUGGAAAGAGCAAGAAGAAAUAGAUGAUGUCAAGUUACUUUUAUUUCUGCCUUUAUUUUUGAAGCACUAUUCAUACUGCCUGUCAAACUGUAUAUUUAACACAUUGACUACUGGCAUGUAGUUUAACCCUCUGUUGGCCAAUUUUCUGGAAAAGAGAAAAAUGCUGCACCUGUGGGACUAAGUUAAAAUUAAUCUUGGAAGAAAUAUUUGUUACAGUGAUAAGUUUUUGUUUUUAUUUAUUUAUUUUUUUCAGUAUGGAUUUGUGGCUUUGAAGCCACACUGAGUGAUGAAAAAUGUUGUAUGAUGUUUCUUUUUAUGGUACAACUGAAAAAAUCAGUCUAAAAAGAUAACAGUUGUUUAGAAAUCAUAAUUCCUAACAGUGCAGAUCUUGGUUGAUAAUCCAUAUUAGAAAAUAUUUUCACAGUACAUUCAACAUGGUCUGGACUCAAAAAUAAGAAGUGUAACUAGAAUAAAAUCUGGGACAGUAACUUUUAUUCAGAAGGGGGGGGGGUAUUUGGUCAAUUUUAUCCUUUUCUAUGCCAGUUGGAAUAAAUCCCAAAAAUAAGUUUGAAUUUGGCAUGAAGCAAAAAUGAACUAUACUCUGAGCACCUGAUUUUUGUAACUGAGUGAACCUGUCAUGUGGGUGUGUCAUUUUCCUUGCAUCAGCAAGCUGCAAUAGUUGGCUUGGAAUCCAGAAGACUCUUCUAAGUUUUCUUUCUUACAUUGCAAAAUAUAUAGUCUCUGACAUGAAGCAACUUGCAGUGACCACAACAAGAUCAAGAAGAUGGAAACAUUUCAUGGAUUAGAUCUCUGUUUGGUAGAGUGUUUAAGGAAUCCAUCAAAUCCACACCAUGUAUGAGCUUGUGUGCCAUCAUAAUAUUGGGGCACUUGACAUUAA